GCGGAGCCACCAGGUCCGGAAGCAAACCAGAGACCUUUGCUCAAGGGCUCUGACGCAAACCAGAGUAAGCGGAGUUGUACAUGCUGCGAUUUAGCAGCAGCUUAUGGUUUGUGACAGUGUUGGUUUAACAUUGCGGUGCUUGCUGUCUCUGCACAGUCAUGGACGAAGUGACAGGAGCUCAGCUCAUUGCUGAGUCUCUAAAGGCUCAGAAAGUUGACUACAUGUUUGGGAUAGUUGGAGUUCCAAUAAUCGAAGUGGCCAUGGCUGCUCAGGCUGCCGGGAUUAAAUAUGUAGGAAUGCGCAACGAACAAGCGGCGUGCUAUGCAGCAUCUGCCAUUGGAUACAUUACUGGGAGACCAGGUGCCUGUCUUGUGGUUUCUGGACCUGGGCUCAUUCACGCCCUGGGUGGAAUGGCCAAUGCCAACAUGAACUGCUGGCCGGUGGUUGUUAUCGGAGGGUCUUCAGAUCGAAAUCAGGAAACUGCAGGAGCCUUCCAGGAGUUCCCUCAGGUGGAAGCAUGUCGUCUGUACAGCAAGUUUUCAGCGAGACCCAGCAGUCUAGAAGCCAUCCCCUCAGUGAUAGAGAAGGCUGUCCGCACAAGCAUCUAUGGGCGACCAGGUGCUUGUUAUGUGGAUAUUGCAGGCGACAUGGUUAAUGCUAAAGUGGAUAGGAGCAAAGUCAGAGAAGUGUCCUGCUGUCCACCUCCACCGGUGAGUUUGGCUGACCAGGGUUCAGUCACAGAAGCCAUCUCUGUCUUAAAAGCAGCUAAGACCCCCUUGGUAAUCAUUGGCAAAGGAGCAGCCUAUGGCAGAGCGGAGGGGGCGCUGAGGGAGUUUGUUGAAAUCAGUGGCCUGCCUUUCCUGCCCACCCCGAUGGGGAAAGGGGUCCUUCCUGAUGAUCACCCCAACUGUGUGGCUGCUGCCCGCUCAAGAGCACUUCUCCAGGCUGAUGUCAUACUUCUGUUUGGAGCCAGGCUUAACUGGAUCCUCCAUUUUGGUCUGCCGCCUAGAUUUAACCCCAACGUUAAGAUCGUUCAGGUUGACCUUUGUGCUGAGGAGAUGGGCAAUAACGUGAGGCCAGUUGUUGCUCUCCUUGGAGAUAUCAGUGCUAUUGUCACUCAGCUCUUAAUGUGUGUCCGUAAAGAUGAUUGGAAAUAUCCCUCUAAUGCUGAGUGGUGGAGCACUUUAAAGAGCAAGAUUGCUGCUAAUGCAAAAAUAUCAAAGGCGCUUGCUCUUCAGUCAGCAGUGCCCAUGAACUACUACACAGUGUUUCAUCACAUUUCCCAGCUGCUGCCACAUGACUGCAUCAUUGUCAGCGAGGGAGCAAACACAAUGGACAUUGGGCGCACCAUGUUAAAUAACUACCUACCUCGACACAGGUUGGAUGCAGGCACCUUUGGAACAAUGGGAGUAGGCCUUGGGUUUGCCAUCGCAGCAGCUGCCGUGGAGAGCAGCCAGAACACCGGCCGAAGGGUCGUCUGCGUGGAAGGAGACAGUGCCUUUGGAUUUUCUGGCAUGGAGGUUGAGACCAUGUGCAGGUAUAACCUACCUGUGGUCAUUAUUGUGGUCAAUAAUAAUGGCAUAUACAGUGGAGUAGAUCCUGAAACAUGGAAAGCAAUGAAACAAAUGGGAGAGCUGACCUCUGUAGCCCCUCCCGUGUCCCUCCUACCUGAGGCCCGCUAUGAUGAGGUCAUGAAGGCGUUUGGGGGUCAAGGGUUGCUGGUGAGGACAGUGGAGGAGCUGCGCAGUGCCUUACAGCUUAGCCUGAGUGACUGGGAGAGACCAAGUCUGAUCAAUGUGCUCAUUGACCCUUCCUCAGACAGGAAACAGCAGGAGUUUCCUUGGCUCACACGUUCCAACCUGUAGACUUUCUUCUUUGUCCAGAACAUUGUCAGAACAGCAGUGAUGGUUUUCUGCUGGAAAAUAUAAAACUGCUUUUGUUUUUCUGAUUGUUUCCAUGAAAUAAUGUAAUAUUUUACUAUCACUAUACUGUAAAAUUAAUAUGAACUAAAUAUUACCACAAUAAAACAUUUUACACUUUA